UUCGGAUCGAGCCUGGAAGCUCAUGAUAAAUGAAAAGAUGAUGAUUCAAAGUGAAGCUGAAAAAGAAGACGAAACUUCAAGCAGGUCCUUUAGAUCACCACGGCAUCAACAAAGUUGUCAAGGCUGCCACUCAUUGACUUGUCAGACUGGUUUGCCAGGACCGAGUGGACCCGCAGGAACUGAUGGAUCACCGGGAGAUGAAAACAAGGUCCAACGGGAGAUGAUGGUUUUGAUGUUCAAUUACAACCAGAGGCUGAUAUGCCUUGUGUGAUCUGUCCUGCUGGACCUCCUGGGCAAAGAGGCCCUCAAGGCGAAAGAGGGAUGAGUGGAGAGCCAGGCACUUAUGGUGAACAAGGUCCUCCUGGCAAAAGUGGAAUAGAUGGGCCUUAUGGAAGGGAAGGACCUCCAGGCAAUGUGGGAAUAAAAGGUCCAUGUGGAAGGAAAGGACCAAUUGGUGACCAAGUUAUUUCUGGAAUCGGCAUUAAAGGUCCUCAGGGCCCUCCUGGACCUUCUGGAAUUAAAGGACCUCUUGGAAGUCAAGGAAAAGCAAGCAGGCAUUUUUUAAAGAUUAUUUUAUACCAUAAAUAUUCAAAAUUUUAUAGAGACACUGGCCUGCCUGGAAAGCCGGGCCCUGUUGGUCCGCCUGGACCCCCGGGAGCAAAUGGAAUUAUGGGUGAAAAUGGAAUGGUUGGAACGCCUGGAGAGCCAGGAGAGCCUGCAAGUUAUUGCCCUUCGGACUGCGGAGUCUCACACAUAAAGGCGCCUAGUUUUGCAAUGGAAAUGAGCGAACCGCCAUCACCUCCUUCCUAUAGCAAUCGGGAAAAGCCUGCAACAGAAGUGCUGUUUCGACGUCGGAAAAAGAAGCAAUAG